UUAAAUCACAGUCCACUUGGUUCCGCUCAUCCUACAUCUUCUUGUGCAUUCUUACAAUAUUCUCACAAUUAUUCCGCAGGGACUGAAAUCAGCAUGCUUGAUUCACCGUAAAGUGCAGCGAGCUCACCACAUACAGUUCUCCUGCGUAUCGCCAAUGAUCGCCAUUUGCACUCGUCGCAAGAAUACUCAAGUACGUCUAAGUCUCAUGUCCGAAAGGGAACCACUGGUCUUAUCAGCAUUUUGUACAUGAUAUAUUAAGUGCGGAAGUAAAAUGCACUUAUGCAUCGGGAACGGUUUCCUGCCAAACGUGAUUUUGAUCUGCUAGUUGUUGUGCGAUUUUCGAGCUAACGUGCAUGGAAUUAAAUGUAUGAAACUGACACUUAAGUGCUCAUGAUAAGCCAGCUGACAAAAAAGCCAAGAGAGAAGCAAAACGAAAUGAUAAGCUCAUCUUGUAUUACCAAACACUUAGAAGCCUGUCAGUAACUGGACGCGAACAUUCAUCAAAAUGAGAAACAUAUUAUUAUUUUGUCUGCUUCAAUUUUCGUUUGCGAUUGAAUACAAUCCAAAAAACUUCAUAAACACGUUCGAAGCCACAUAUGGAUGUUUGCAGUUUAGCACGAAGGAUGCCUGUCAACCGUAUUUUCCAACAAAUAGAUUCAAACACCUACACACCACACACAAUAAUGUUACGAUCAUGAGGAUGGGUGUUAUGGCAAAUCAAGGACCUCACAUACGUUUGUCACCGAACGAGUUCCCGGACGACACCAAAAUCACCGAGAUUGUGCUCUCCGCAUGGGAAAACACGGCAAGUGAAAUGAGAAGCUACGUUAGGCAUAUAAACAAACCCAUUUCGGACCUGAAAAUUCUCAAACGCAUCAACACUCCCGGGUUGCUCAACCAGUUCUACCCGAUGAUGUUCACGUUGGAAAUCGAUCCGAAUGGAAAUGUGAAACUGAUCAAGGAUGGCGACCGAGUUCCCUUGGUUGAGUUCCAGAAUCGAGCGAUAUCGUUCGAGUAUAUAGAGUUUUGUCACUACAUUGCACCGGCAACUUUUUUCUUUGACUGUCCGUUGGAGAUUGACCGUAGGGAUUGCAGUGGUAUUGUUUUGGGGUGAUUGGUGAUAAUAAAGAGUAUGAAGAUA